AGGAGGAGGAGAUGGGGAACGGGAACGGGAACGGGGUCUCCAAGUUCCCCCUGUCGAGGGGGGAGUUGGCGGCGGCAGCCACCGUGUUGGCGUUAUUCGGGUUGGGGCUGAUCGGCGUCUAUCUCUCGAUGCCCGCCUCCGACUACAGCUUUCUUAAGUUACCUCGCACGCUCGAAGAGCUCCAAAUUUUGAGGGAUCAUCUUGACAACUACACAAGUGACUACACCAUCCAGGUCCUGGUGGGUUAUUGUGCAGUCUACAUAUUUAUGCAGACAUUUAUGAUACCAGGGACCAUUUUCAUGUCAUUGCUUGCUGGGUCGCUUUUCGGAGUUUUCCAUGGUGUAGCUUUGGUAGUCUUUGCUGCCACAGCGGGAGCAUCUUCCUGCUAUUUCCUUUCAAAACUGAUAGGAAGGCCCAUUGUCUUCUCAUUGUGGCCAGACAAACUGAGGUUCUUUCAAGCACAGGUAGCUAAAAGAAGAGCAAAGCUGUUGAACUACAUGCUUUUCCUCAGAGUCACCCCUACAUUGCCUAACACUUUCAUUAACAUGGCUUCACCGAUAGUGGAUGUGCCAUACCGUAUUUUCUUCCUGGCAACAUUCAUUGGACUUAUCCCAGCUGCUUAUGUGACAGUCAGGGCUGGAAUUGCUCUUGGAGAGUUAAGAUCAUUGUCUGACCUCUAUGAUUUCCAGGCAAUAGCCACGCUGUUUUUCAUUGGGAUCAUUUCAGUAACACCAACACUGAUGAGCAAGAGUCAGGCACAUGGUACUGGAUCUGAAAAAACAGUAUGUAAUGGCAGCUGACUCCUGACUAUGUAGCUGCGCUUAUUGUACAUAUCAGCUUCAUCACUGAUGUAGCUCUUCCUCAUGCUGCGCAUCAUGACAAGACUAGUGAUUCACUGGGUAAUCUUGUUCAAUGUUAGCCUGAGUCUGGCUACAGGCUACUGAUUCCAUGUUGCUAUCCCUAUUCUGUAUUAUUGUGACACAGGAAAUCAGGGAAGCAGAAACACAAUACAUCUAAUGUAUUCUAAAUUUCUACUAAUAUUUGUUCAAGGUCCCAAUUUGUUGUAUAUGUGCCCCUUGGUCAAUUCUAAUGCAUUAACUUUGAUUGGUUAAUGUU